UCGGUCCGUCUCACGGCACACUCGACCUCCACUGAUGCUUCCGCUCGGUCCUAACAAAUGAUCCGUACCAGCUAUCAUCGACAAUAACUCGACCUAAUCCACCACGUCCAUGGCAGUUAUUGUUUUCUCUUUUAGUAACCCCACCACUCUUUAAAAAUUCCGCCUAAAAAGAAAAAGCGUUCUGUCCCUUCUUUUGGGUUUUCAGCAGACGUGUACAACAACUAUCCAGAGGAUCUAGGGGCGGCUCUAUACCGAGAGCCAUUUGACUUCAACGCCGAGCCACCUUGGGAUCCUAGCUGAUAGUGGGCAAGUUCAUCCCAGGACUCGUCCAUUUUGUUGCAUAAGUCUAGGAACCCAGGGGCUCGAGAGGGAGCGAGCAAGACCACUUCGGACUAGCCACAUUCUUUAUGCCUGUCGGAUUAGAGGAAAACGGUUGAGAGGAUGAAAGGAAUUGCUGAUGAACCACAGUAUUCUGUUGGCCUACUGGAGGGAGGCAUGGCCCUCUGUGACGUGAUUGACAAUCACAUUUAUGAACAAACUCUGUCUGAGAAGAAUGCAUUCUUUGUAGCAGACCUGGGAGUCAUAAUGAGGCAGCAUGUUCGCUGGCGAACUCACAUGGCCCAAAUUCGACCCUACUACGCUGUCAGAUGCAACAGCAGUCCAGCUGUUAUUGAAGUUCUUGCUGCACUCGGCACUGGAUUCAUUUGUACCAACAAGUCUGAGCUUGAGCUGGUGCACAGCCAUGGUAUUCCCUCUGAAGAUAUCAUCUACGGUGGAGUUUGCAAACAAGUCUCCCAGAUUAAAUACGCUGCUAAGAACAGCAUUGACCUCCUGGUGUGUGAUAAUGAAGCAGAGCUACGCAAGAUUUCUCGCUGUCACCCCAAUGCCAAGCUGCUGCUAGAAGUUUCAACAGAGGCAUCCAGCCAGGACGAUGAGAUGAGCAUGACAUUUGGCUGUUCUCUCAAGGAUUGCAGGCACCUGCUGGAGAGGGCUAAGGAGUUGGGUGUGCAGGUGGUUGGGGUCAGGUGUCACAUUUCCAGCUCCUUUGAGGAUGACCAGGUGUACAUUCAUGCCAUAUCUGAUGCCCGUUGCGUCUUUGAUAUGGGAGAGGAAAUUGGCUUCAACAUGAAAAUCCUUGACAUUGGAGGCGGCUUCAGUGGCUCUGAGACCCAGCUGGAACUGAUCAAUAGUGCAGUCAUGUCUAUGGUAAACCUAUACUUCCCUCCUUCUACUGGAGUUUCCAUCAUUGCUGAGCCCAGCAGCUUCUUUGUGUCCUCUGCUUUCACGCUGGCUGUGAACGUCAUCUCCAAGGAGGUAGUGGCACGCGAUCACCAGGACCAGGCACAUGAUGAUCCAUCUCCCAACGAUGAGCCAGAGUUCCAGUACUACAUGAGCGAGGGAGUGUAUGGAUCAUUUGCCAGCAAACUCUCUGAGACCCUGAUCGCUGCUCCUGCUGUUCACAAGCAGAACACAUCGCUGGAAUCGCCAGUGUUCAGCAGCAGCCUGUGGGGUCCCUCUGGGGAUGACCUGGACCAGGUAGUGGAGCACUGUCUAUUGCCUGAGAUCAACGUCGGAGACUGGCUCAUGUUCACCCAAGCAGGGGCUUACAGUAUGGGGCAGCCACUCUGCGCUGCCACUGACUCACCACCACCCCCUGUAUACUAUGUCAUCUCCUCCAGAGACUGGUUUGAGAUGCAGGACACUGGUGUCACCCACGAGGCUACACUGAAGAACUUCUCAUUGGUCCCUUAUUUCCUCAAUUCCUGCCAAACAGAGGCUGCACUGUCUGUCCCAGCUUAGCGAUCAUCAGACCAGGAAGAUGUUCAGCUUUCCUUUAUUGAUUUCUGCUGCUAGCUUCCUCUGGCCUACAUUCCACUGGGAUGAACUGAACUGACUGUGCAGACAGUGCUUGAAAUGUUUGGGACACACCCCUGUGUAAAGUAUAACAAGUGAUUAGACCCUGGAAAACCCAUGUUGGUGUUAAUUAAUAUGCAACACAAUGGAUGACUCCAAAAAAGAGGAUUGCAUUCUUCCCUUUGCUUUGGGCAUCCCAUGGCACUACAGUUUACGCUCAUACAGUAGACAUAGAAAUAUAAUGAUUUUAAAUAAUUAUAUUUGACAAAUGUAUUAUCUAUUAUCUCCAUUGCUGUUGCCAGUCUUGUAAAGUAAAAUUUGUAUCCCCGAGUGAAGCAGUGUAUUUAAACAGAAACACAGUUCUGAGAUGUUGUAGGCUGCUUUGCGACAAGAUGUGUAUUUAUGAAUUUUAAUUGGUUGUAUAGUUUCUUUUGUGUGAUUUUGAUUUCAUUAUUACAUUUAAAAUCUGUUGUCCUUCUCAGCGUUUUUGAAAUGGAGGCUUGCAUAUGGAGGUGUAUUUACUCAUCUGUCUGAUGCAGUAAACAAAGCCAGUGAUCAAUGUGCAGUGUCUCUGUGAAAUCCACUCCUGGAAAACGAUAAGUGCAGUCUGCUCUGGUGUGGUUGGGAAGCUAAUGGCUCAUUGUUCACCAGUAAACUGGUGUUUUCAGUAUUAAGUGUUGCUCACUAGCUGUCUCACAGACCAGUGAAAGACUGGCAGGUAGCUGCUAUACCACGGCAUAGCAAAGUAGGUUCAAUAGACAGCAUGUGCUGCAGAUGGAACAAAGGAAGUGUUGAUGGAUAAUGAAUCAGCUGACAUGAAAUGGGGUCUUUCCAAAAAAAAAUUGAUAAUGUUACUUUUUUGCUGUUUCUAUCAACAAUUAUAUUAGAAAAAUAUUUUUUCAACAUUUGAUUGUUGAAAGAGUAUUAUUUCCCGACAGGGUCAGGCGUACUUGCAAAUUGUGUAUCAUAUCUGUGAAAUGUUCUCCUAAUCUGUGUCUUAACGCAUGAUAAAUUAUCGGGUUAAAAACUUGUAUCUCUGCUUGUCAACAUGGACAGUAAUAAACACCUCAUUGACUGGACUGUGAA